GGCUGGGAAAGGCUGUGGAGCUGAGCCAGGAGGGCGGAGCCGAGGGAGGAGCAGGCAGGUAAGUGCCCUUCUCCAAGCAACUGCCACUCUUACUGCGAACACGUCCACAAGCGACUCCCACAGUGGCUGCUCCCAGCCUCAGAAGCCAGCCUAGGACACCUGCUCUACCUUCCCGGCAGAAAUUCUGGACUUCCUUACCUCUGAGCCAACACCUGGACUUUGCCUCGAAACCAGGCCCAGGACUGAUCUUCCCUUUGUGCCGGGGUGCCUCGGUGGCUGUUGUCCUGGGCCAUGGCCCACGGGAGGGGCCUGCGGCCCAGGCAGCUGCAAGCCGUGGCACUUUUCUUCCUCCUUGGAUUAAUCCAGUUGGGAAUGGGACCGGACAGAGCUGAAGCAGCCCUCUGCGGUGCAGUCUUCCAGCCCCGCAUCACGGGUGGCAACGAUUCGGUUCCUGGUCAGUGGCCCUGGCAGGUCAGCAUCACCUACGAUGGCGUCCACGUGUGUGGCGGGUCUCUCGUGUCUGAGCAGUGGGUGCUGUUGGCUGCUCACUGCCUCCCCAGGGACUACUACAAGGAAUACUACGAGGUAAGGCUGGGUGCCCACCAGCUAGACACCUUUGCCAGCGCCGAAGAAGUCCGCAUGGUGGCCAGGAUCUUCACCCACCCCAGCUACCGGGAAGAGGGCUCCGAGGGGGACAUUGCGCUCUUCCUCCUCAGCAGCCCUGUCACCUUCUCCCGCUACAUCAGGCCCAUCUGCCUCCCUGCCGCCAACGCCUCCUUCCCCAACGGCCUCAAAUGCACGGUUACAGGCUGGGGCCAUGUGGCCCCCUCAGUGAGCCUUUCAGCCCCCAAGAUACUACAGCAACUUGAGGUGCCACUGAUCAGUCGCGAGACAUGUAAUUGCCUGUACAACAUCAACCCCAAGCCUGAGGAGCCCCACACCAUCCAGCAGGACAUGGUGUGUGCUGGCUACGUGACAGGGGGCAAGGACGCCUGCCAGGGUGACUCUGGGGGCCCACUCUCCUGCCCUGUGGAGGGCGUCUGGUACCUGGCAGGCAUUGUGAGCUGGGGUGAUGCCUGUGGGGCCCCCAACAGGCCUGGUGUGUAUACUCUGACUUCCAGUUACACCUCCUGGAUCCGUGUCCACGCCACAGAACUCCAGCCUCACAUAGUGCCCCAAACCCAGGAGUCCCAGCCCGACAACCACCUCUGCAAUAAGUAUCUGGGCUUCAGCUCCGCCCCAGCUCAGGGCUUGCUGUGGCCCAUGCUGCUGCUGCCAUUGAGCCUGACCCUGAGCCUCUUCUGCUCCUGGCACAAGCACUGACCCCGCUUCCAGGAGCAACACAUCACGCCCAAGGGCCUGUGCCUAUUCCCAGGAAGGGAAGUGGCUGGCCUUUCCCACGCCUUUUGGGCCUGGGGCCCUGAUUGGCCACACCAUCCUCCGAGGACUCUGGGGAGUCAGGGCACCAUCCUUCUAAAUUGAUCUUUGGGCCCAUCCUUCUAAAUUGGCUCUCUGGAACUGAAACACAUGGCCAAGGGCUUUUUGGCCUGCGGUCCUGGCCAGAAGCACUGGCCACCUCUGUUGCUGUCUGCAGCUUAUUGGUUGGGUCCUGUGGAGCUCCAGGCCAUGGCUCCCACCUACUUCUACAAGAUGGGCAGCUGCCUGGCCGGCUGCUGCUGAGGGCCUGCUCCAUGCCACCUGCCCUGCCCGAUGAGCCCAUCCAUCGUGUGGCCUCCCUGGCUUCUGGGCUCACCUGCCUUGGUGAUGGGAAAAGCCUCAAUCUUGCCCCACUGGUUACCCGGCCAGAGUUCUGACUCUCAUACUCCGGAGGACUGAGCCCCCACUGGAACUGAGCUGGGGGCUUGGAUCAGGGGUAGGGGAUAAAGGAUCAAGAAGGAGUAAAAUGUUUUGAGCACAACCAGCUGUGUUUGAAAUGAAAUGAAGAAUGUCAAAUCUUGGCCUCUCCCUCCCGCCUCGUAAGUCCUGAGCCACCA